CUAAUAAAGAAAAAACAAAUCUAAAGACAGUACCUUUGGUUUCUCUAUCGGAUAAAUUUUGCAACAAAGAAGACGAAUUUCCUCUGAUCACAACAAGGGUUUCAUUGAAUCUCGCGGAUUUUUCAUAUUUUUGGUGAAACUCCAAUUUUUUUUUCCGUAAUCUGUUUAAUCUACAGCACAGGCCUUGAAGAGGGAGACACGGACAGAACCCUGGGGGCUUUUGUCUGAACUCAGGUUGCGUUGACGAAGAGCGCGAGAGCAGAAGCCAAAUUUGUAUGAAUCCAAUGACUGAAGAAAACGUAGACUAUGGGAGUAAUCAGAAGAUACAAUACCAAGGAAGCGGAACUAUACCUGCCUUAGCAGAUGAAGAACUGAUGGGAGAAGAGGAUGAGUAUGAUGAUCUGUAUAGUGAUGUUAAUGUUGGUGAGAAUUUCUUCCAAGCUCAUCAGCCUCAACCAUCAGCACAAGGGGGUGGUGGUACAGGUAAUGGAGGGGUCCAAGCUCAGAUAAGUAACAUUUCUGAGCCAAGAAUGCAGGCCGGGGCGCCGUCUGGGCCAAGUGUUCACAGAGGUUCGGUUGAAGGGAAGUAUCAGAACGAUGGAGGGCAUAAUGCGGUCAAUGGCCGAGAUAUGAGAUCAGAUGUCUACCCACAAGCAUCUUCUGUUGGAGCAAAGGCUUCGAAUGAUAAUUCCCAAACCAACAAGAUGGUUCCACAAGGAUCAGCAUCGGCAGUGUUAAACAUCCCUGUUUUACCCGGGAAAACGGUCAACGAGCCUGAACCUGUGCAGAACUCUUAUGUUGUCAAACCUCAAGCUUCUCAUCAGGUUCCUCCUGUUAACCAAAUGAGUGGGAAUCCUAAUGCUAAUCAUGCAAUGAUGAACAAAAGUCCGAUACUCUCUCCUGUGGAGAAUGGCAAUACCAUGCUUUUCGUGGGAGAAUUGCACUGGUGGACUACAGAUGCCGAACUUGAGAGUGUUCUUUCUCAGUAUGGAAGAGUGAAAGAGAUCAAGUUCUUUGAUGAGAGAGCAUGUGGCAAAUCUAAAGGCUAUUGUCAGGUUGAGUUUUAUGAUGCAGCGGUUGCAUCUGCUUGCAAAGAGGGAAUGAAUGGUUACAUCUUCAGCGGUAGAGCUUGUGUCGUGGCCUUUGCUUCUCCUGAAACGCUGAAGCAGAUGGGUGCAAGCUUUACGGGCAGGAACCAGGGACAAAAUCAGCUUCAGAAUAGAAGGCCUCUGAAUGAGGGAAUGGGAAGAGGAGGCAACAACAUGAAUAUGCAAAGUGUAGGAGAUGGUGGAAGGAAUUACGGGAGGGGUGGGUUUGGACGAGGUGGCCAGGGAAUGAAUAACCGUGGAGGCCCUUGGGGUGGGGGAGGAAUGAGGGGUAGAGGCCUGAACAACAUGGGUGUCAGUGCAAAUGGUGUAGGUGCUGGACCGUAUGGGCCAGGCCUUGCGGGUCAUGCAUUUGGUGGUCCUGCUGCUGGUCUGAUGCAUCCACAGGGCAUGAUGGGAGCUGGAUUCGAUCCUACAUUCAUGGGUCGAGGAGGCGGUUAUGGUGGGUUUUCAGGUCUUGCCUUCCCCGGCAUGCCUCCUUCAUUUCCAGGUAUCAAUGCGCUGGGAAUGGUAGGAGUGGCUCCUCAUGUAAAUCCCGCUUUCUUUGGCCGGGGAAUGGGUGCCGCUGGAAUGGGAAUGAUGGGUUCCUCCGGAAUGGAUGGACCUCAUGCGGGGAUGUGGAGUGAUGCUAGCGGAUAUGGAGGUGACGAUGGUGGUUCUGAGUAUGGCUACGAAGACGAAAACCAGGAGAAAGAUGCAAAGCCGAAUACCGCUGCAUCCAGGGACAAAGAACGGGCUCCUGAGCGUGACUGGUCAGAGAACAGCGAUAGAAAGUAUCGGGAAGAAAGAGAGUACAAGGGACACAAAUACCAUGAAGAGAAAGAUAAUCACCACCACCGUGGCUAUAGACAAAGAGAUCGUGACUCUGGAUAUGAUGAUGAUGAAUGGGAAAGAGGGCAAUCUUCUUCAAAAUCUCGAAGCAGAUCUCGAAUGGGAGAAGAUGACCACAGGUCCAGAUCAAGAGAUGCGGACAACGGAAAGCGGAGACGUUCCGACUGAAAAAAAAAACAAACAAACAAGAAAAUCCUCCUCUGCCAUCUCAUCUUUCUUCUCUUACAUAACUUUAUAUUGUUCACUUUCUCAUUUCUCUUGAUGGCAAUAUUUAUCCAGCAAAUCUCUCUCUCGGGUGGCGAAGCUUGGUGUCCACGACCCAGCAGGGCUUCUCGAGCAGAAGCAGUAAGUCCUACACCGUAUCUAGACGGAACUAUUAAAGUCGUUUUCCUUGACACUGCUAAAUCUACUUACCAAAGUAUCUGAUACAGUGCUUUUUAAUAUACCUCUCUGUUACUGAACAAUCAAUGGAUUGUGGCCAAUCAUGUAUUUGUUGAUUAUGCUUGCUUUUGCAUCUCUUCUUGCAAAAUUUCCUGAUGGAUAUAGAGGGUGCUUGUUGAUUUCUGGCAUUGGAAGUAAUGGUGGAUGGAACCUUUUAUUUUUU